GUGGUUUAAAACUGAUAACGGCUGUGAGCUGAGCUCUGUACAGCUCAAUGUCUCUGUAGAAAUACCUUGGGACUGUAUGAGCCUCUAUCAGCCUGUUGUUUUCUUUUUUCUUUAAAAUUAAUCCAUUCUUAUAAAAGCAGUUUUUAAAGAAAGCUUUAAGAUGUUCCUCUCCGCGCUGCUGAUUCUUGCCAGUCGGGGUUUGUUCAGUUCUGUUUCGGGGUCUCCCGCUGUGGAGGAAGCGUACAGGGCUGUGCUCAGCGUCGUGUCUCCUGGACAGCAGUAUCUGAACAGGGAGUCCCUCGGCUCUGUCUUUAAUACACUGGAGAAACGUGUGCAGUGUGGUGAAGUGUCGUGUGAAAAGUGUGAUCUAACGGAUGCGUUUCACCAGCUGAUCAGCGAUCACUCCACCCACGAGGAGGAUAAAACUGGAAGAGGCAGAAACAGUGUAACCAUCAGUGUGUCUCAGUUCCCUGCUCUCGCUGCUGGAUGCGUCCUGUACCUCUCAUCUCCUGGCCUGGUCUGCAGCGCGGUGAGGCAGGGGACAUGGGGACAGGAGGUCCAACAUUUCCUACGUAAAACAACACAUCAGGAUCACCAUGAGCAUGAAGAGAGCGAGCAGCACCAGGACCAUGAACACGUGCACAUAGAUGUUCAUGAGUUGAACGUCCUGCUUCGAGAGCUUCACGACCACUACGAGCCCUCAGACAGAGAGAGCUGUGUAACAGCCGGUGACAUCACGACAGAGGUCAACGCAUCCUCGCCAGACCAGAGACAGGAAGUGGGGGCAGUUUUGGGCCGCGUCCUGUAUCACGCCUUGCAGGGUCACUGCUUCGUUAGCCGGGCCCUGCCUGAGGAGAGCUUCUUCCUGGACUACAUCAUGGACCAUCUGGGGUCAACGAACGUCACUGUCGGGGAUUUGGAGGCGCUCAUGAGGAGUCUGCACCUCGGGCACCAGGAAGACGAACACGCUGAUCACGAUCACAGUGGUUUGAGACGGAGGAAGAGGAGGAGCCAUGAACAUCAAGAGAGGCAUGAAGGAAACGCCACCUGGGAUCGGUUCUGCGCCUCAGCUGAGGAGCUGGGCCUGAUCUACGGUCUGGCGGACAACAGCUCGGUCUCCUCUGGCCUGAGUCGGACGGACUUGGCUCGGCUCAGCCCUGCACUCGUCCAGCAGAUCCUGAGCGGAGCGUGUGCAGACAUCACAGAACCGCUGACACCAGAUGAGCUCACUAACACUGAGAAAUACGUCUAUGCAACCAUUGCCAAUGUGGUGAUAACACUGACGUCCAUGUUUGGCAUUGUAGUGCUGCUCUGUACCUCUUGCACCAGUGUGUUCCAGCUUUGUAUCCAGUUUUGCAUCAGCCUGGCUGUGGGCUCACUGACUGGAGAUGCCUUACUGCACCUGAUACCCAUGUUAUUAGGUUUACAUGUGCACUCAGACAAAACCGACAGCUCCAAUCACUCUCAUGGCGCUCACCAGGAAGAAACUCCAGACUACAUUUACAAGAUGUUAGUACUGAUUGGCGGUAUCUACUACUUUUAUCUGAUGGAAACAAUCUUCUCUCUGCUUGCAUAUAAAGAUAAUCAUCACCAUCAUCAACAUCAUCAUGCGGAGGAAUCAGAGCCUCACCACUGUGACCAUGGGAGGGUUUUAGAGAUGUAUGAACAUGAGAGGAAACAAAAAGACAAGUCACAGUCAGCAUCAAGUGCAGACCUGGUUGUCGAUCAAGACAAUGAGAAUUCUCUUUCAGAGCCAAAAGAGCUCACCAGAGAACAGCGUCUGCUGCCUUAUAUGAUAACUAUCAGCGACAGCAUCCACAACUUUGCGGACGGCUUAGCGAUGGGCGCAGCUUUCUCCCUGUCGUGGAAGUCCGGUCUGGCCACGUCACUAGCUGUCCUCUGCCAUGAACUGCCACAUGAACUGGGUGAUUUUGCCAUUUUGCUCAACAGCGGUGUGUCCGUCCGUAAGGCGUUGCUUCUGAACGUUGGCAGCGCCAUGACCUCGUUCAUCGGCCUGUACAUCGCUCUGUCUGUGGCCACUGACCUCGCCACCAAGCAGUGGAUAGCUGCCAUUUCUGCAGGACUCUUCCUGUACGUCGGGCUGGCUGACAUGCUCCCCACCAUGGUCCACAUCAGCAACAAGAAACCCUGGCUGAUGUUUCUGCUGCAGAACGUCGGCCUUCUGACCGGGUGGGGUAUUCUGUUGCUGCUGUCACUUUAUGAAGAGAGAAUCAGCUUUUAAAACAGACAAACGUCGGUCUGUUGAAUGUGUUAAUCUUACUUCUGAUAGAAUCUAUGAAGAUUGUGAAAUCUUUGAACAACAUUCACAGUAACAAGACUGGCUGUUUAUGGGCAUUCCUCAUAAAUGACUACCGUGAGAGCCCUGGUCUUGUUGACAUAAACAGCCUGUCAGACGGAGAACUAAUCUAGUCAGAUACAUUUUAAACAUUUCUGUGCCACCUAAAUGCCUUAAACUCGAACAUAAAUAUGUUUUUUUGACAGCUUGUGCAGAAAACUUGCACAGCUGCUUCCCAAUAGCCUACACCAAUGGUGAUGGGCAAAAUAUCAGAGACAAACUUCCAAUACAGGAACACCAUCAAAUGCAACCAGUAGAGCUGAAAAUAUACAGUAAAAGGUCGCAGGUAUUCCAGACCCUCUGUGGUGGACUGCAGCAGAUUUAGCUAGAAGUACUUAUUAAACUAGAAUCUCAGUGUACAUAUCAGAGGGUUUUUUAAAUAAAACUUUUAUCAUUAAUAUUUUGGUUAAAAAAAAAUAUUGACAAAUUUACCUUUUUACAAAUGCUAAGAUUGGUUAUGUUCCUUGUAACCCGAGGCUGUUUUUCUGGCAGUAGAAGCAAUUUCUUUCUUUGAUUAGUUUGUUUCUGAUUUUCAGCACUGAUAAAAUGUGAAAAUGACACUACAAUUCAGAAUACACGUAUUGUUUUCUCCUUGAGUAUAUACAUUACAUGUAAUUCAUCUUUGUACAGUUAUAUUUUGUGCUUUUUGAUAAGAAACAUACACAGAUAAAUGAAUUAGAAGAAGAAGCUAUACAGUUGUUUGAGUUUAUGGUAUUUGCCUGAACUACA